AGCCGGACGGUUCGAGUCCGGUCCGUGCUACGCUGUUUCGAAUGCCGCGUGGGAACGGCGUGGCUCGUAGGGAUAUCGGCGGCAGCGUGACUGGGAAUCCUUGCCCUUGCUGGGCCGACCUGACGUGUUCCUGAACGACGCUGCUGCCCGCUGCCAGCUCUGCCGUUGCUUUGUGUGCAUCACGGAUGAUUCAGGGGCAAUUUCUGGGAACGGUCCACAGAUGUCACAUCUUGGCAGGGAAGCAUAGGAAAAGAGCUAUAUGACUUUAGUGAGCUAAAUAUGAACUGUGCUUUCUAAGCAUCUGGAGACUUCUCUUUAGAAUAUUAAGCUAAAUGGAAGAAAAGUAACUGCUGUAGGAAAAGGUUACAAAGGUUACUUUGCAAGGGGAAAAAAGGUAUUUAUUGAGCUUUUCCGAGUUGCCGAGUUCUGGCUCUGGGUGUGGAGUCUCUUGUCCACACUGCUCUGCAGGAUGCUGGCGGUGCCCAGGAAGGCAUCGUGGUGCUCUGUGGGGUGCAGCCUUUGUGAUGAGAGCUGCAGAUGCCAAGAGUCAGAUGUGGGGUUUAGCAGCUCCUGUGUUCUCAGGUGGCUGCAGCUUCUGCCUGGUGCGCUGCUGUUGGAAGCUGUGAGCAGCCUCACUGGUUUCUUCUUAGGUCGCAACCUAAGGGCAUGUUUCCCCCUCACACAGAACUGCUCUUUUUAGUCUGGACCAUUCCAAUCAAAGAAACUCGCAUUAUUAUUUUUUCCCUAAGCUGUGAUGUCUUUGUUUCUUUUCUGCUUAUAAAGCAUGUGCUCUGUUCAGAGCCUGCACUGAGAAAGGGAUGCCACUGAGUGUAGUGGCAGUGCUAAGUCACAGCCUGAAGCAGUGAUGGAGCACCUGGAGGGAAGGCAGGGCCAGCCCAGGGGAGCUCAGGUGCAUGCAAUGUUCUGAGUGAUGGAAGGGCUGGAGCCAGGAUCCUCCCCUUCGCAGCCCUCGUGUAAGGGUUGGCUGUGGAAGUGAGGGGAUCUCUCUGGAGAUGCUUGCGUAGCUGAGGCCUUCCAAAGGUAAGCAGCUCUUUUCCUUCAUUACUGCAUUUGGGCUUGUUCUCAUUUGCUGUAGCCAGAGACUUUGCUACCCUGCUAUUAUUGCAGCGCUUUCCCUCCUAUUAUAGCAUUACACUGAGCAUUGCUGUGCUUAGCUUGAAGUGCAGAGUUCCCAAAGUAGGGUCAGGUGUUGGUGGGCUCAGUGAUGCCCAUCUUCCUCUGGUGAGAGUGGCCAGUGUGUGCUGGCCCUUGUUUGGCAGCUUCCUGGAAUCACGCAGUCAUCCCUGGAAAUCUGCCCCCACACAGCGUUUUUGCUGAUAUUAAUUUGGGGUCUAUCUUGGAUCAGUGGAGGGGAAAAGCAGAAGAUGCCAUCAAUUUAGCUGAGCUUGUCAAUGCUGUCAAGUUACCACCUGAUGAAAUUCCUCCCUCCUAAUGAUUACAGCCAAUGAGGAGAGAUGUAUGCUGAUGGUGCUUUUGAGCAACAGAGCAGCCGGGGUCCAACUUAGACUUUAAUGUAGCGUCAUCUGGGGGCUCUUUGGCUUUAGUGAAAGGUGAAGCUUUGAACUGAGUUAUUGCUUUGAAAGCAAACAACACAAAACAAAGCGUCCGCAGAUGUAGGACAGCGUGCUGCCCCUCUCCUGCAGCCAGAUCAGCAGCCACUGCUGCAUUUUAGUACAGGUCUUCCAUGGCCCAAUUUGUUAGUAUUAGGAGUCCAUAGAGAUAAUGUCCUUUCACAUAUAAAAGAUGCUAUUGAUUUUCUGUUACCGUUGUCCUGAAAUGUGCACAGUGUGUCUAUGGAGCAGUGACAAUCCUCCAUCACUAGCUUUAUGGGAAAAGAAUGGUUAUUGAAUCUCUUCCCAUAAAAUAUAAUCUUUUUCUCUCUUCCAGAAUUUGCCAACCCCUAUGGGAGUCCCUCAUGUUAUCUCUUUGAGAAAAUUGAUUUUUUUGUCUCCUCUUUGUACAAUUGUCUAGUUUUAUUUUUAAUUUGACUCAUGUGAUUUGGAAAGGAGACUUUGCUAACAUUGUGUUGUUUUCUGUGUUGUAUUAAUUCUGCUUCUUAUAGACUAACACUUUCAGAAUGCUAUAAAAUAAAACAAAGCCAUUUGCUUGGCACAAACCUCUCUUGUUGCUGGGAGUUCUUUAGUCUGGGUGAGUCAUUGUCCUGCUCCUUCUUUCCAGGCGUGUCUGGCUGCUUUUCAGCUGCUUACAGGUAAAAUUGGGGAAGGAAACGGCAACAUGAAUUCAUAGAUGAUGAGUAGGAUGCCAAAGCCAGAGAUGACAGUGCUCUUGAAGAAAUGCUGGGUAGAACAAAAAGAUGAUCAUGGGAACAGCAAUGGCAGUCAUGUAAAGAUCUUUUUACCGAAGAAGUUGCUCGAAUGUCUACCAAAAUGCUCAAGUUUACCCAAGGAGAGGCACCGCUGGAACACUAAUGAGGAAAUUGCAGCUUAUUUAAUAACGUUUGAAAAGCAUGAAGAAUGGCUAACAACUUCCCCUAAAACAAGACCGCAGAAUGGUUCUAUGAUCCUGUAUAAUAGGAAGAAGGUGAAGUACAGGAAAGAUGGGUAUUGCUGGAAAAAAAGGAAAGAUGGGAAAACCACCCGAGAGGAUCACAUGAAGCUGAAAGUCCAAGGAGUGGAGUGCUUGUACGGCUGUUACGUCCAUUCCUCCAUCAUCCCCACGUUUCACAGAAGGUGCUACUGGCUUCUUCAGAACCCAGACAUCGUGUUGGUGCACUACCUGAAUGUUCCUGCCAUUGAGGACUGUGGAAAACCCUGCGGCCCUAUCUUGUGCUCAAUAAAUACAGACAAGAAAGAAUGGGCAAAAUGGACAAAAGAGGAACUCAUUGGACAGCUCAAACCCAUGUUUCAUGGUAUUAAGUGGACGUGCAGCAAUGGAAACAGCAGUUCAGGGUUCUCAGUGGAGCAGCUGGUGCAGCAGAUCCUCGAUAGUCACCAGACCAAACCGCAGCCUCGGACACACAACUGUCUCUGCACUGGUACCUUGGGGGCAGGAAGCAGUGUGCAUCACAAGUGUAACAGUGCCAAACACCGCAUCAUAUCACCAAAGGUCGAACCAAGGACAGGUGGGUACAGCACUCAUUCAGAGGUACAAAAUAACGAUGUCUCUGAAGGCAAGAACGAGCACAGUCAUGGCAAGGCCUCCAGCCGGGAGAAGAGGAAUGGCAAAGUGGCAAAACCAGUGUUGCUCCAUCAAAACAGUACCGAGGUUUCUUCCACCAACCAGGUCGAAGUCCCUGACACAACCCAGAAUUCUCCUGUGUCCAUCAGCAGUGGAUUAAAUAGCGAUCCAGAUAUGGCGGAUAGCCCAGCAGUCACUGGUGUGUCCAGCAUGGCUGUAGCAUCAGUUAUGGGAAGCCUGUCACAAAGUGCCACAGUGUUUAUGUCAGAAGUCACCAGUGAGGCUGUGUACACCAUGUCACCCACCUCCGGCCCGAAUCAACACCUUCUGUCCUCAGAUGCGGCUGCACAAGGGCUGGUACUUGCUGUGAGUUCUGAUGGACACAAAUUUGCUUUUCCAACAACAGCCAGUUCAGAGAGCUUGUCCAUGCUACCCAGCACCGUCUCCGAGGAACUUGUGCUCUCCACAACUUUAGAUGGAAAUAGAAAAAUUCCAGAAACCACCAUGAAUUUUGACCCAGACUGUUUUCUUAAUAACCCCAAGCAAGGGCAGACUUAUGGUGGAGGGGGUAUGAAAGGUGACAGCAUCAGUACCAACAUAAGGCAGUCACCCACCACAGAACGUAGCUUCAACUUCAAUACAACCCUCACGAAGGAAAUUAAAACAGAGGACACGUCUUUUGAACAACAGAUGUCCAAAGAAGCAUUUUCCUCCACUUCUGCAUCUAACACUCUCACCCUCACUACUGGUUCAGGUUUGCUUCCAUCUGGAGGGGGUCUGAGCCCAAGUACCACCUUGGAGCAGAUGGACUUCAGUGCCAUUGACUCCAACAAGGACUAUUCUUCCAGCUUCAAUCAGACAGUCCAGAGCCCUCACGUUCAUCAGACCCCUUCCCCCAGCUUCUUUCUGCAGGAUGCCAGCAAACCUCUUCCCCUUGAGCAAAACACCCACAACAACCUGAAUGACACAAGUGGCUCAUUUGUGAAUACAAUAGGAAUCCCCAGUGUGAAAACAGAGUCCCCAUCCCAAACCACUUCCAACUGCAAUGGCACGGUGGAAACCAGAAUAGAGUCCACCUCUUCUCUCCAGCUCAUGCAGUUCCAAGCAAAUUUCCAGGCUAUGACUGCAGAAGCUGAAGUUCCCAUGGAGACCUCCCAGCAGGCAGAAGGGAAUGAAAAUCUACUUAAAUCAGGGGAUCUUCAAGCCUGCAGCACAGAACACUACUUGCAACCUGAGACCAAUGGAGGUAUCAGGAAUGGGAACAAUCUCCCUAUUCUCCAAGGAAACAUGGUACAAGGACUCUAUCCUGUGGCCCAUCCCAGCUUAAAUAACUCCUCCAACAUGGAGCUUAACUUGGACCACUUUGACAUCUCCUUCAGCAACCAGUUUUCUGAUCUAAUUAAUGAUUUCAUAUCUGUGGAAGGUGGGAGCAAUGCCCUCUAUGGACACCAGUUGGUGUCAGGUGACAGUGCCGGACUCUCUCAGCCUGAAGACAGUAACAGAACAACCUACAACCAGGCUGAAAUGUGCAUUCCUUGCUGCAGUCCUCAGCAAGCCAACAUGCAGCUCAGCAGCACAGAGAAUGGAGCCAGCACGAUGGCAUACAUGCAUGUGGCUGAGGUGGUCUCGGCAGCUGCAGCACAAGGCACUUUGGGGUUGCUACAGCAGAGUGGGCGCUUGUUCAUGGUGACAGAUUAUUCACCAGAAUGGUCUUACCCUGAGGGAGGAGUGAAAGUUCUAAUCACUGGUCCAUGGCAAGAAGCCAGCAAUAAUUACAGCUGUCUGUUUGAUCAGAUCUCAGUGCCUGCAUCUUUAAUUCAGCCAGGAGUACUGCGCUGCUACUGCCCAGCUCAUGACACUGGGCUCGUGACUUUGCAAGUUGCCUUCAACAAUCAGAUCAUCUCCAAUUCUGUGGUGUUUGAAUACAAAGCCAGAGCUCUGCCAACCCUGCCUUCCUCCCAGCAUGACUGGCUGUCUUUAGAUGAUAACCAGUUCAGGAUGUCGAUACUGGAGCGCCUUGAGCAGAUGGAGAGGAGAAUGGCGGAAAUGACUGGCUCCCAGCAGCACAAGCAAGGAGUGGGAGGCGGGAGCAAUGGGAGUGGGAAUGGAGGAACACAGGUGCAGUGCGUUUCUGGGACUGGAACCUUGGGCAGCUGCUUUGAGAGCCGCGUGGUGGUGGUGUGUGAGAAGAUGAUGAGUCGUGCUUGCUGGGCAAAGUCCAAACACUUGAUCCAUUCAAAGACUUUCCGAGGAAUGACGCUGCUCCACCUCGCUGCUGCCCAGGGCUACGCUACGCUGAUCCAGACCCUCAUCAAGUGGCGCACCAAACACGCAGACAGCAUUGAUCUGGAGCUGGAAGUUGACCCUUUGAAUGUGGAUCAUUUCUCCUGCACCCCCCUGAUGUGGGCAUGUGCCCUGGGCCACAUGGAUGCAGCUGUUGUGCUGUAUAAGUGGGACCGCCGAGCCAUCUCUAUUCCUGACUCCCUUGGGAGGCUGCCGCUGGCAAUUGCCCGCUCUCGGGGCCACGUGAAGCUGGCAGAAUGCUUGGAGCAGCUGCAGCGUGAUGAGCAAACUCAGCUUGGACAGAACCCCAGAAUUCAGUGCCCCUCGAGCACCGACUCCAGCACAGAAAGCUGGGUGUCCCAGUGGCACAGUGAGCUUAUUGCAUCUCAAGAGCCUCAGAAGGGAGUCACUGUGAUUUCCAGUACCAACACAGAGCUGAGACGACCAAGAUCAGAACCUUCCAGUUACUACAGUAGUGAGACUCAGAAAGAUUACCCUGCACCCAAAAAACAUAAGCUGAGCCCUGAAUAUUUUCAAGCCCGGCAAGAGAAGCUGCUUUCCACUGCACUGAGCCUGGAACAGCCAAGUGUCAGGAAGCAGAACUCCAGCUCCAAGCAGUCCACCACUGAGACAAUCAGCCCCAGUGAAGGGAUAAGGGACUAUGGCCGGGAGCUCUCCCAGCACAUCCCAGAAGCAGCUGGAUACCGGGGUUCUGGCAGCCAAGCGGGCAUCAAAUGGAAUCCAAAAGACAUUUAUAUUGGUGUGUCUGCAGUGCAGUUGGUGGGGAGCCAGAAGAGCGCUGCGCUGGGGAAGGACGCUGUGGGCCAUCGGCUACGCCAGCGAGAGCAGAUGAAUGUGCUGAUGUUGGCUGACAGGGAGUUGGUGGAUGCAGAGCUCUUGUCCUAUAGGGACAGUGUAGGGGAUGAGGACUGCUUACGCCACAUGGAUGACUUGCAGGUGAACAUGAUGACACUUGCAGAGCACAUUAUUGAAGCUACGCCUGACAGGAUCAAGCGGGAGAAUUUUGUGCCAAUGGAGUCACCGCAGGUGGAGAGAGCAGAGAGUGCUGCCAUGAGCACCACGAUGAGCUGGCUGGCCAGUUACCUUGCUGAUGUCGAUCAUCUGCCGAGUGCUGCACAGAUAAGAAAUCUGUAUAGCGAACCCUUGACCCCUUCUUCAAACACCAGCUUGAGCCCUGCAGGCUCACCCAUCAGUGAAAUAGCUUUUGAGAAACCCAGCCUUCCUUCGGCAGCAGACUGGUCUGAAUUUCUGAGUGCAUCCACCAGCGAGAAGGUAGAAAAUGAGUUUGCACAGUUAACUCUGUCUGAUCAUGAGCAGAGAGAGCUCUAUGAAGCUGCCAAACUCGUCCAGACAGUCUUCAGGAAAUAUAAGGGUCGUCCACUCCGGGAACAGCAAGAGGUGGCUGCUGCUGUCAUUCAGCGUUGCUACCGAAAAUACAAACAGCUUACUUGGAUAGCCUUGAAGUAUGCACUUUAUAAAAAGAUGACGCAAGCUGCCAUUCUUAUCCAGAGCAAAUUCCGAAGCUAUUAUGAGCAGAAGAAAUUCCAGCAGAGCCGACGGGCCGCGAUGCUGAUCCAGCAGUACUACCGCAGCUACAAAGAAUGUGGGAAGAGGAGGCAGAACCGUCGGACGGCCACCAUUGUGCAGCAGAAACUCAGAAGCAGUCUGCUUACCAAGAAGCAGGACCAAGCUGCUCGCAAGAUUAUGCGGUUUUUACGACGCUGCCGCCACAGCAGAGACAUGCAACAACAACAAAAAUACCCACUGCAGUUCUGGAAAUACCAUCUGCAGGAUUUUAACAGUAAUGUUUUGGUCAUUGCAUUUGCACUUUCAUGGACAACAUUUAAUUUGUUCAGCAAGACAUCUUGGAACUCAAUCUUCUGUUGGAUCAUAGGAAUAAAAAAAAGACACCAGGAAGAAUUUGUGAGUUGCUUCAUUCUCCAAGAAGGAAGAAGCGAUUAAUUAUCCUUUUCAUAUAGGGCUGUAUUGAACAACAUGUGGAACUGUACAAAUAUUAUACCAAAAAUAUUGUUCAGAAAAGGUGGGAAUGCACAAGCAACACAAGAAUGGUGUUCCUGCACUUGUCGGUCAUCUCCAAGAAACUGAAGCUUUGAGAGUCUCAGUGGAGGGGCUUAGAUCAGUACGUCUUUAUUGGGUCCAUGCAUCCUCAUUUCCUUUGCACAUCUGUCCUUUGUGUUUUAUUUAAAUCUCUACAGCACACUUAAUGCAACUUUUUAAAUCUGCAGGUUUUUAAUACAUCCCGUGGGAACUUUGAGAAGGGGUUGGCAUGUGAGAUAAACGGGUAACGUGCAAGAAGCAGAGAGAGCAACUUAAGCAAGUUUUAAAAAGUUUCUUUUUGGUAUUUUUACUCUAGAACCUGCAAAAACGUAUCAGUUGCCAUGUAUUUUCUCUCAUAUUCAGCACUUUAUUUUCUAGCCUUACUUUCACGUACUGUUAUUUUAAUUAAGUUCUUACAAUAAUUUGCAAGACAUGUAGCUUUUUGUCGUAACUGUCAAACCUCUUGUCGUUUUGCAGAGUCACGUACAUUUGUUGCCUGGACAUUUUAUGCCACCUAAAGAGCAGAGUGGUGCUGCAUUCUGGCCAGUAAAUUUCUUUUUUUGGCUCUUUCAUCAAAUCUGGGCAGUUUCUGUAUAUAUAGAAGGUAGAAAUGGAAAAUGAGAAAAAAAAUAUUUGAAAGGGAAUAUAUUGAUUAAUUACUAAAUAUUUUAUUCAUAAAGGGUCAAUAACUUGGCAAGAUAAAAUUAUUAUUUGUAUAGUUUUGUCUGAAUGAACGAGAAGAGUGUGGAUGUAUUGUUUGUACAUAUUGUAUAUAUUAAACAAAGAGAUAUGUGCAUGAACUCAAGAAAAAGAAAUGAACAAAAGCAAAGCAUUAGUGGCUAUGGUCUGUAAAAUGAAACAAAAACUUUAUUUCACUAUAAGAAACUUUAUUUUAAAUGUUCUUUAGAAGAACAUUUUUGCUAAAGCAUGACUAAAUGGCAAAAAAGAGCUACUGUAUUUAGACUUAGGAAAAAAGGCAGAGCAACAUUACUUUAAAAAAAAAAAAAAAGAAAGAAAAAAAAAAAAGGAUAUGUUUACAUUUGAUUUUGGCUACCAGGAGUUCGGUUUGGUUGAAUUUCCGUUAUUUAUUCCUUCCUUCUUUUUGCCCCCCCGUCUUUUUUUUCCUUUUUAUUUAUUUAUUUUUUUUUGCCAAUGGUGCCAAGUAAUGUGAAUGCUAAUAUUGCUUCAGAAACUUACGUUACUUUUGCAAAGCAGAUAAUCAUAAAAGUACAGAAAUGUAUCUAGCUUAACACCAUACACUCACUCCAAUAAAGAACACUUAGAAUGAAUAUAAAAUGAAGAAAAAAAAAAAAAAGAAA